UUGCAUCCAUCAACUGUAUGCAUAGGCGCAGCUGUGGCUAUGUGGUAAGAAGCUUGCUUUCCAACCACAUGGUUCUAGGUUCAGUCCCACUACGUGGCAUCUUUGAUUAAUUUCAUCGGAAGUAUGAUCACAUGUACACCAGCGACUUGGGAGUGUGUGAAAAGAAAGGAGGAGACGUUAAUAUAAUUCCUGUGUGAAUAUUCAUUCUUCAAACUUCAGUUCUAUGCACGAAGUUAAGAUAUUCUGCAAAUAUGGUCUGUCUAAACCUGUUACCAUGUCAUUUCGAAUCGAAAGAAACUAUAUUUAAACUAUGUUUGAUAUUUUUGAUACAUACGGUUUUAAUGGAUUCAAUAUCUUCAGCGAUAUAUCCACUCUGUGAAUCUUUCUGCAAAUGUAGAUACAAUCAUAAAGAUAUCAACUGCGAAGAUACGAAUUUGACGUCAGUACCGAAAGGUAUCCCUGGAACAGUGACGCAUUUGCGGCUUAGCAAGAAUAACAUCCGAUUUAUAAAACGAGACGACUUUUCGAAAUACCAUCAAUUGGAAAUGCUAUAUUUAGAUAAUAAUGAAAUAAGCAGAAUCGAAACUGGAGCCUUCAUAAAUCUUCAAAAAUUAAAGUUCUUGAAUCUCAGCAAUAAUGAAUUGACAUAUAUACCACUAAACACCUUUCAACAUAUGGCUUCCUUGGAAGAAUUAAAUUUGAAUAAUAACAACAUCAGGUCCUACGGAAUGAAUUCUUUCUUAUUCCUGCCUAAUAUACAUACAAUCCAAAUGAAUAAUAACUCUAAUUUGCUGUGUGGAUGUCACCUUCCAGCUCUUAAGAGGUAUAUGAAGCAAACGAAUCAAACAAAUCUUAAUGUCUCAGGAAAAUGCAUUCUUCCACAGCAAAGAGACAAGACUCUAUGGGAUCUAGAUGCAGAUAUUCAAAAUUUUUGUGGGAACUACCAACUUUUUGAUCAAGUAGGCCGUUGUUUACAAUGCUCAGGCUCAAACUGCUCUAAUCCACAAACAAUGAACUGUCCUGGUCCAGAGCUAGAAGAGGAAUUUUCAAAAUUGCAUGGGACCUACAUUGUUAAAGUAAGAUAUUUCAGGCGACCACAAUUAGUUUACAAAAUGGUUGAUACUUACACGAAGCAUUUCAUAAUUACUUUUACAAUUUUUGCUAUUAAUACCAAAUAA